AUGUCUGACAAGACCUCGGUCCAGAACGGGCACGCCUACCCCAACUAUCAGCCAAACCGUGGGUCGUAUCAGGGCUACCAGAACUACUCCAACUCCGGCACUGGCCAAAAUCCGCUGGGCAACAUGCAGAACCUCAAAGCCAGCCUUCCGCCUCAGGUCACUUCGGAGAACCUCACCGCUGGUGACAGCCGUCAGAUGUACAAUGAUCCAGGCCUUGUCGUCUACAACUCAGGCCAAACCAUCCCGGUGAACAACUACUAUAAUCAGAAUGCAGCUGCUGGCAACCCUCCUCAGCUGCCCUACAUCCCAGCCAACAUGCUGUCGGCCUAUUACGGUGCCCCUGGCAUGGCAGCUGGCGCCAUGCAAGGCUACGGUUGGUCAUAUCCAGUGGCACCUGCUGUUGCCAAUGUGGACCCAGCCCCUCGCCUUUCGUGGUCCUCUGAAGACAAUCACUCGCCUCCUCAAACUGCCACCCAAGAUUAUUACACUCCUCUGUCAUACGUGCCCAUCACAGCAUCACAAAGCCAGCACUACAUCGUCGGUCCCAUCCAACCUAUGAAGUGUGCAGACAACAAGUCAUACGAAAUGGUGAAUCUCGACGAGCUUGUUUCGCGUGAGCCACCCAUUCCGCGUGCCGUUCCUGCGUUGUGGACCAACCAAGAAGAGAUCAGUCUGGCCAAGUGUCUUCAGAACCCGGAGGGCAUCACCAACGUCUACAUUCGAGGCUUCAUGCCAGACACUACCGACAAGGAUCUCGAAAGCUGGGCCUCUCGCUUCGGCGAGAUUGAAUCUUGCAAGGCCAUCAUCGAGCAAGACACCGGCAACUGUAAAGGAUUUGGCUUUGUCAUGUACUACUCGCCGGCUGCGGCUGAGAAUUGCAUUCGUGGCUUCUUCCACCUCGGCUUCCAGGCGAGCUAUGCUCAGAAGUCCCGCAACUCGCGUCUCAAGGAUCUGGAGGACAGAUCAUCGACCAACAUCUACUGUACCGGUGUUCCAAUAGAGUGGAACGAAUCAGACCUCGCCAACCACUUCCGUCCCUACAAUGCUAUUUCCACGAAGAUUUGCCGUGACGUACCAUCAGGAGUCAGCAAGGAAGUCGGGUUUGCCAGAUUUGAAACUCGUGAGAUUGCGGAACGUGUUAUUCGCGAGUUCCACAGCUAUGUAGUUGAGCACGACUCUGUCAAGCUCUGCCUCCGCUUCGCCGAUACCAAGGCACAAAAGCAGCUCAAGCAGCAGAGCCAGGAACGACGCAACUGGCGCAGCCGCGAGUACAGCUAUUCGGUCGAGCAUACACCUUCUCCCACCCUGAGCCGUCUCCAAGGUGUCGCUCACCAGCUCAGCCCCAAUGGCAGCUACCAAUCGCCAGCUGGGGCUAGCACCAAUUUCACUCCUGCAACGUCCGUCUCACCUCCGGAUGCCAAUGGUAUCAACAAGUCUGUUCCCAAUGCUCGUGCCAACGCUUGGCCGAUGCAAGGAGGACUGCAGUCAAUCACCAACGCAUCGACUACCUGCAGCCAACAGCCUUCAACCCGUGGCUAUGUCGACGUCACCAACAAGGCUCCCAUCGUAGAGGUCAUCCCCGAGCAUGCCGAGGUCAGCAUUAACACCGAAACUCCCAGCCCGAAAAAGGUCACAAUCAAGGUCGAGCCCGCCAGCGGCAAGGAGAACGUGUCUGUCCAUGUCCAAGGCCAGAACUGA